GAGGGUUGAAUUUACGCAUCAUUGACCGCAAGUUGUUCCUAUCUUGAUCCAUUCAUUGGACUGUUUAUAUACUUCUCUCAGUCGAUGGCUGAUGUAGAGGGAAAUGUGAACAUUCAAGAAGGAUAUGAUGGGGACAAUGGAGAGCUAGACCCACUAAUUACAUCGAUCGGUAAUAGAUCAAGACGAAACUGCGUCAACAGACUCCACUGUUUUUAUAGUGAUACAGAUACUUUCAUUCAUCUCAUUAAAGCCAAUGUAGGCAGUGGUUUGCUGGCGCUUCCAGCAGCAGUCAAGAAUGCUGGAUACAUUGUUGGUCCUGUAGGAAUACUAGUACUUGGUUUCAUAGCUACUCACUGUAUUGGAUUGUUAUUGGAAAGUGCAAAAAAGCUGUGUCAAUGGAAGAAGAUAGCAGCUUUGGAUUAUUCAGAAACCAUGCAAUUUGCUCUGUUAAAGAAAGGGUUUAAUAGAAAUGUGGCAAAUAUUGGAAAAAUGGUAGUAAAUCUUUUUCUCAUUGUAACACAACUAGGAUUUUGUUCAAUUUACUUUGUUUUUAUAGCAGAUUCAUUUCAACAAGUGUUAAAAGAAGCCUAUUGUGUAACCAUGCCUGAAAAACUUUUGGUUGCUAUUUUCUUAAUUCCAGUUGUUGUUUUUUGCUGGGUACAAAACAUCAAUAGUCUCUCAGCUCUUUCUUUAGUAGCUAAUGUAUCAAUUGCGAUUGGUCUUGUUGUUAUAUUUUAUGAUGAAGCAUCAUAUUUGGCUACUAAAAAGGGGUCCAGUAUGCAAUUACAUGCAGCUGGUAAUCUAAUGAAUAUUUCUUUAUUUUUUGGCACUGCAUUUUAUUCUGUCGAAGGAAUUGGAGUGGUUUUGCCUCUCGAGAAUAAAAUGAAGCAACCAACACAUGCCAAGAGUGUGGUUUAUUGUGGUAUGGCUGUAGUAACAAUACUCUUUGCAUUGUUUGGUGCUAUUGGUUACUUAACAUAUGGAGAAAACACACAGGCAUCUGUUACUCUAAACUUAUGCUCUAAUAAUGAGCUGACUACAAUUUUGUUUCUAAUCACCAAGAUGUUAUUUGUUGUCAGUAUUUUUGUGUCGUACAUGAUUCAAUUUUAUGUGCCAAUGGACAUUGUGGAGCCAUCAAUAUUGAAGUUCAUAGAUCAACUGACAAACAAGUUACCAGUACUGUGCAUGACAUAUCAAGCAACUAUAAAAACAGUACUUCGGCUAUGCUUCAGAACCCUAGUUGUUCUUCUAACAGCUUCCCUUGCUUUAGCAAUACCUGACUUAGGUGAUCUUAUUAACUUAGUUGGGUCUGUCGCCAGUAGUGCCUUAUCUAUGAUAUUUCCUCCUUUUAUUCAUUUGUUGACAUUUUGGAAUUGGAAAAGCUCACAUACGAAAGGGAACAAGAUUAUUUCAAGUUUUUUUUGGAUAUUGAAAGACAUCAUUAUCAUUUUACUUGGUAUAAUGGGAUUUGCUUUUGGAACCAUUGCUUCAUUGCAUAGCAUUGUCAGUGAUAUGAAGCACAAAAACAGUUCAUCAUUUUGUAAAUCAACAUUUGUGUUAUCCUGUGAACUAUAAUAAAAGUCAAUGCAUCUGUGACUUCAAUUUUAAUUCUGAAACUAAGUUAUUAUUGUUUAUAUCAACAGUGCAUAAUAUGUACACUUGUUUAUAAUAGGCUAUUUUAUAGUUUUAAAAACACUAAAAUUCAUCUAAUAUUGAAGUAUUUAUGAUUUGUUUAUGGUUAA